CAUUCAUAAUUUGUGUCCACCAAUUCACCUCAUCAAUUCAUCAUCUUCGACUUCGUGCUUUCAGAUGGUUUCUUCACAAAAUCAAGCAGAGAAUGAAGAUGUGAGACUUGAGGAAUCAGAUAGCGAGACUGAAGAAGAGACACCAUGUAGCAACAGCAGAACUGGGAAGAAAAGGAAGCGAAAUCCAGGAGCAAGCGAAGCUAGUUCUCCAAUUCCGGUAAAGAAGAUCCAGACAAGAUCAGGUGUUUGGGAGCAUUUUACAAGAUUCGUGAAAGAUGAAAAUAAAUGCAAAUGCCAUUACUGUGGUAGUGUUAUGAGUUGUAAAACAACUUCUGGGACAUCAAAUCUGCAGGGACAUCUAACAAAAGCAUGCAAGCAAUACAAGGUAUGGGUUUCUGACAAAGGUAAACAGCAAGCUAUUACUCCUGAUGGUCAUUUGAAGUUAGCUAAGGUUUCAGAGGCAGUGGUUAGAGAGGCUACUAAUGAGCUGAUGGUGAUGGCUGAAUUGCCAUUAUCAUUUGUUGAGUAUGCAACUGACUGGGUUGCAAUAGACAGAUUGGUACAGUUUCUUCAUAUCUUUCAUCACUCUACUUUAGUUGUUUCUGCAUCUUCUUCUCUGAAUGCCCAUAAAUGCUAUUCUGAGAUUUGUACCAUAGAGAAGAACCUGAUUAGACUUAGUAAUAGUCCAGAUUUAGGUAUGCAGACAAAGGCCAAGAAUAUGAGAGAUAAGUUUGAUAAAUAUUGGGAAGGUGUGAAGGAAAUCAAUAGGCUUCUGAUUAUUGCGAGUGUCUUUGAUCCAACCAAGAAAAUGCAGUUUGCACAGCAUAGCUUUGAUAAGCUAUAUGGUAAAGAUAGUGUAGUUGGUAAACAGAUCCAUGCAUCAGUGACAUCUGUGAUGAAAAGUUUGUUUGAUGCAUAUAAUAUCAACAUCAAUGGUCCACAAGUGCAGUCUCAAGCUACCUCAUCUUCUCAUUCUCAUGCUCAGUCUCAGAAUCAAAGUGGACAAGAAAGCGAUAUAAAUGAGAUGGAUUCUGAAGUGGUGAAAGGUUAUGAAAGAAUGGACUUUGAAUAUAAUGAUAUGGUGCAACAGAAAGGAACUCAUGAUGCUAGUAAUGAGUUGGAGCUUUAUCUAAUGGAACCAGUGGAAAAUCCAAAUCUGAUGUUGGGUACAGAAUAUGAUGUUCUUGGCUAUUGGAGGCUCAAUUCUCCAAAGUUUCCUAUAUUAUCUGCAAUAGCUAGAGAUGUACUUGCAAUGCAAGUUUCUUCUGUUGCAUCAGAGAGUGCUUUUAGCACUAGUGGUCGUAUUCUAGACCCUUAUCGGAGUUGUCUCACGCAUAGUACACUAGAAGUUUUAAUGUGCACCGAACAGUGGCUUAAGUGUACGAUUCAUUUAAAUGAUAAGGGACUGUUCACUAUAUCUGAUGUACUAGGAGGAGACGUUGAUGUACAAGACAAGCUUCAAAAAGGAAGAGAAGAAUGGAAGAUCAACUCAAGGACUUGAAGAUGCUUGUAGAAUCUAAUAAUCUAUACUCUAAUCU